AUGCGCACUCCCACUCGCUCCCUCACGCGCUCUCACGCGCUCUCUCAUGCGCUCUCUGACGCACUCUCUCAUGCACUCUCUCACGCGCUCUCUCACGCGCUCUCUCACGCGCUCUCUCACGCGCACUCUCACGCGCUCUCUCACGCGCUCUCUCAUGCAAUCUCUCACGGGCUCUCAUGCGUUCCCCCGCGCUCCCUCUCGCACACUCUCUUGUGCAUUCUCUCUCACGCGCUCUCUGAUGCACUCUCUCACGCACUCUCUCACGCGCUCUCUCACGCGCUCUCUCACGCGCUCUCUCACGCGCACUCUCACGCGCUCUCUCACACGCUCUUUGAUGCAAUCUCUCACGGGCUCUCACGCAUUCCCCCGCGCUCCCUCUCGUGCACUCUCUUGUGCAUUCUCUCUCACGCGCUCUCUGACGCAGACUCUCUCGCACACUCUCACGCACUCUUACGCGCUCUCUCACGUGCUCUCUCACGCGCUCUCUCACGCGCUCUCUCACGCGCACUCUCACGCGCUCUCUCACGCGCUCUCUCAUGUGCUCUCAGGCACUCUCUCACGUGCUCUCUCACCCGCUCUCUCACACGCUCUCGCACGCGCUCUCGCAUGCGCACUCUCACGCGCUCUCAUGCGCUCUCUCACGCGCUUCCUCACGCGCUCGUGCUCUCUCACGCGCACUCUCACGCGCUCUCUCACGCGCUCUCUCACGCGCUCUCUCACGCGCUCUCUCACGCGCUCUCUCACGCGCACUCUCACGCGCUCUCUCACGCGCUCUCUCAUGCAAUCUCUCACGGGCUCUCACGCAUUCCCCCCCGCUCCCUCUUGCGCACUCUCUUGUGCAUUCUCUCUCACGCGCUCUCUCUCGCACACUCUCACGCACUCUCACACGCUUCUUUGAUGCAAUCUCUCACGCGCUCUCUCACGCGCUCUCUCACGCACUCCUCACGCGCCCUCUCUCGUGCACUGUCUCGCGCAUUCCCUCUCUCACGCGCUCUCUCUCGCGCACUCUCACGCGCUCCCUCACGCGCUCUCAAACACGCGCUCUCUUACGCGCUCUCUCACGGGCUCUCACACGCUCUCUCACGUGCUCUCUCUCGUGCACUCUCUUGCGCAGUCCCUACGAGGCUAGCAGAAAAGAAAAAAAUAAGGGGAAAUUUCAGAAGGGGCCAUGGGGCUUGCGAACAAGGCGCCAUGGCGCCUGCGAACAAGGCGCCAAAGGCGCCUGCGAACAAGGCGCCAAAGGUGCCUGCGAACAAGGCGCCAAAGGCGCCUGCGAACAAGGCGCCAAAGGUGCCUGCGAACAAGGCGCCAUGGCGCCUGCGAACAGGGCGCUAA